UCUGUCAGAGGUUUAGUUCCCAUGGAGCCGGAACAUUCCUCCUAAUUGAUAAAAUUUUUUGUCCUUUCUUUCUGCUCUCUUCGCGGUACAUGCUACCUGUUGAAAACAGAUGAUUUUACUCAUCUGUUUACCUUUUCUGGUGUUUUUUUCAUAGUGCAACUGGACUAAGUAGAAGGUGAGCAAGGACAAGUCUCUAAGCCUCAAGACGACAGGAUUUCCAUCGCUUCUCUAAUUCGGUUCUUCCCACCUCGCAGUUUUUCUUUCUUCUGCAAAAAGCUAGUAUGUAGAGAUUUAUUCUGCUACACGAUGAUCUUACCCAUGAUGCCUUUUAAAGUUUCUUUAGCCAAUCAGACGUAUGUGUCCCCCUCCAACCAUCAGAUGGCUCCUCCAAGCCCCAACAACAACAACAAUAGCAACACCACCACCACCACCACCUCCAUCAGCAAUGGCAGCAGCAGCAGCAGCAGCUGUGGGGGAGAGCUGCUGAGCAAAACCAACCUGUACAUCCGUGGCCUCCACCCAGCAACCACAGACCAGGAUCUGGUCAAACUCUGUCAGCCCUAUGGGAAAAUUGUAUCCACCAAAGCCAUCCUGGACAAGACCACCAACAAGUGCAAAGGCUACGGCUUUGUUGACUUUGACAGUCCGUCCGCGGCUCAGAAGGCGGUGACGGCGCUGAAGGCGGGUGGAGUGCAGGCUCAGAUGGCCAAGCAACAGGAGCAGGACCCCACCAACUUAUACAUCUCCAAUUUGCCAAUGUCCAUGGAUGAGCAGGAGCUGGAGAACAUGCUGAAGUCCUUCAGCCAGGCCAUUUCCACUCGCAUCCUCCGCGACGCCAACGGAGCCAGCCGAGGCGUUGGCUUUGCCAGGAUGGAGUCAACCGAGAAAUGUGAAGCUAUCAUCCAACAUUUCAAUGGGAAAUAUAUCAAGACUCCACCUGGAGUUCCAGUGCCACCAGAGCCCCUCUUGUGUAAAUUUGCCGAUGGGGGCCAGAAAAAGCGUCAGAGCCAAGGAAAAUAUCUGCAGAACGGCCGGCCCUGGACGAGAGAUGGAGAGAGUGGAGGUCUGACGCUCACCUAUGACCCCACCACAGCUUUACAGAAUGGGUUCUACUCUUCCCCCUACGGCAUCGGCCCGAACCGGAUGAUGGGGCCGACCUCCAUCUCCCCGUACAUGCAUUCUCCCAUGUCCACCUACCAGGUACACAACCCGUCCUGGUUACAUCAUCAGUCAUACAUCAUGCCGCCCACCGGAGCGGUGCUGACGCCGGGGAUGGAGCACACCAUGUCCAUCCAGCCUACCUCCAUGAUGGGACCCCUAACGCAGCAGCUCGGCCACCUCUCCAUGGGCAGCAGUGGCACAUACAUGCCCUCAAACACGUCCAUGCAGGGGACCUACAUCCCCCAGUACACCCAAGUGCCUGCCGCCAACAUCUCAGUCGAGGAAAGUGCCGUCCAACCACCUGUUGCCAUAGAGACACCCACAGAACACACAGCUUACACCUACCAGCAUAACAAGUGAAGAGAUCGUCCUGUGGAGCCGGAGGGACCCUUCAAAGCGGUGAAACGCGGCACCGGACACAACGGGAGCAACAUGGACUGUUACACACACAAAGGACAAAAAAAAAAAGGAACGAAAACAAUAUUUUCUACAAAUUCAUAAUUUAGAAUAAACUAUUUUACUUCAACAACCGAGGCUGGAGGAGGGCAGGCAAUGAGGAAGAGAACGAGGAGCUGUGUCACACACAGAUUUUCAUUCAUUUAUUUUUUUUAAAGCAUUGUUCAUAUUCUUUUCUAAUAUUGUUCUGGGGAGCUUGAAUGAAACCAGGAAAAAAUACUUCAACGCCAUGUUUUGUUUAGAGUUUUUUUUUUUUUUUUUUUCUUCUUCACUUUUUUGUAAGACACACUGAUUUUGCGUCAUCUUUUUGUUGUCUGAUACCUUCAGUCUUUCAACGUGCCUUUUUUUGUUGUUGUUGUGUUUCUAGCUCGGUGCAAACAUUUGAACCCGGGGACGCAAAAGGUUAAAAAGAAAUACAAAGUAGCUGAGAAGUCCUUCGAAAAGCUGACGAUUCCCAUUCCAGACGUUGUUGGCGUCUGCGGAAGAGGCCGCGCCGCGUGCACCAGGUACAAAACCCGGCCAGGGGCCGACAGCGCUUAUUCACGGCACUUGACUCUCAGAUCAUGACCAUCACACUGCCGGCAAUCUCGACAAAGCUUGAGACAAUCAGAAGAUAACAAAGUAGAGAACAAUUAGAGAUGUUAUAAGUGAAGAAGCUAAAUAGAUUUAAAGCAUUUUUGGAUUGAUGAAAUCCAAAGUCGCUAUCAAAUAUCACACAGAGCUGCCUGUAAAUAAGAGAGAUUUAAAUGUAUCUAGGCUUUCUUUUUGAUUUCCUUUCAUCAGUGCAGCAAUGCUUCUGUUAUUUUAAUAAUGUGCCGAAUGAUGGUCUGAUAGUCUUCUGGCUUUCCCUCGUGAACUUCUCAUAACAGGAGACUGACUCUCCACAGCGUCCCAAAGGUCAUGCUCUGAAGCGAAAAUUAGAUGUUAUUGUUAGAGUACAAUGUUCGUAUUGCAGAGAUAUAGAGAGCCACUGGUAAACCGUGGCUCCGUCCUGUUAGAUCUUCAGAAAAGGUUCAUUCUGGAUUAUUAUGGCCAGAACACAGAUGACUGACCUUUUUUGUUUUUGUUUGCAUCUACAUCUGAAUUUUCCGCCCUCAUGUUUCGUCUUUACAUUUCUUAUUUAAAGGUUUUAUCAAGUUUUUUAUUUCGUUUUAUCACUUUUUAAGAUUGAUCCAAGAUGUUUUGUUUUUAUUUUUGAUAGUGUGUUGUGUGCCUCAAAUAGUGAGAAGUAGAUGUUUGCAGCUGUUAUUGAAGUAGUGAUUUGUUUGUUGUGCGUUUGCCUAGUUGUGUGGUUUCAGUGUUCAGAGGUCAAAGAGGCUUCAAUGUGUUUUUUUUUUAACAGACACUUCAGUUCCGUCCGUAUCUCAAAUGUCGGCAAUUUGCGAACAUGACCCCUGGUGGUGGUUUAAUCAUGACGUACGCUAGGUUCACACGCGUUGCUACAGAGUUACAAUAUAAGACAAAUGAUAUGUUCAAACCUCGACUUACCUCAGAAACGUGGAUUCAGUUUCGUGGACGAGGUUCACAGGCAGUUGGGUCUCACGGCCGUUCACAGCUGGUACCGAGUCCACUUCCUUUAACUUGGAAGAACACGCCCAAGGUCUGAUGUUCUAUGCAAUUAAUUUAUUACCCUCGUGGAUGCAAUACUACGGAUGUCCCAGCGACGCCUCACGUUACGACUCUGGAAUCAGCCUCCAUUGUGCAUGCGGACACUUUGGGUUUUUUUUCUUCUUUUUCUGACAGACACAUUUUUCUACGAUUCAUUCAUUGUUUUGAGAAUUGCUGCAUUAAAAGGGAACUAUGUCACACCAAAAUGAAGUUGUUUAUGACAGGUGUGCUUUAUGUGAACGGAGGCCGGUGUGGCCACUCGAUUACCAGCAGCGUCACGUUUGUUUUACAUCAAAUUCACCAUUCGGUUCAGUGUCGGUUUGUACGUUAUGGUUUUAUUUCCAGGACCAAAUUAAACUCCACAGAAAUGCCUUAGAUUUCACUAAAAAGGAUUGUGGAGCGCUCCUCAGAUUUAUUUGGUUUUUUCGCUGCACGCACUGCUUCUGUUGAAGAACAAACUACUUUGAACAUAAAUCUAUUAAGCAAAGAAAUCUUUGUACGACUUUGUGCGUGCAUUGUUUUUAUCCACAACAUUGAAGAACUGAUGGUGGCUUUUUGGGUCUAACAAACUAUUGCUGCUAUUUUGAGUGUGUAUUUAGAAAUCUUUUAGCGGAAGGUCGUUGAAUAUAUCCAUCAGAUAUGUGCAGUUCUUUGUUUUCUGCAUCAAAGCAGCACCUCCUUCAGUAAAUGUCUGUCAUCAUGUUGCUCUUUGUCAUCUUCAUACAAAAACACACCCUGCAGCUAUUAAACUUUCAACUUGG